CAUCCCCAAAAGGUGAGACAUACACCGGUAGAAAAUGCCGUUGAGCUGCCCUGUUGCUCACAUCACACAUCCUGCUUGUAACCUUUGUCUCUCCCCCCAUCAUCAUCCGUCCCCCCUCAUCGCGGCGCCUUCUCGAAGCUCGACCUUAUCGCAGGGCCCCACGGCCGCUCAUGCCUUCUUUCAGAUAAACACCGAGCGUCCCGCCACUCAUUCGGCUACAGAAGUUCCUGGGCGUCACUUAAUCAAAAGGGACACCGCGUCCCGGACCAGCCCGCGGAUUGGCUAGCGGGCGAUUAGGAUCCAGCUUUGCGCUUCCCACUUGCCUUGUUGGUGCGUAAUCGCGGGGGAAAUCCACAGGGCGGGUCAGCACCUGCUAGAGUCGUAGUCCGGCUCCCGUACCCCUGCCGCCGCCGAGGCGAUCAAGGUUCCAAGGUUAGGUUACACGGUAACCCAGGUUCUGCGCGACUUGACGGUGACGGCGUUGGCCGCCGGUCUGAGGGAACAGACCCUGGUGGGCGCAGACGCGAGGAGAUAGUACAAGAAGAGGCCGGAGCCCUUUUCUCUUCCAAAGGAGCCUCGUCAUCUCCGGCUGUCGAGCUUCUUGCGCCUUGAGACGAGACGAAAAACGAAACGAAACGAAACGCCAAGAUGCGCUGGGAGUUUCUCGCGUCGGCCCUAGUCGCGGCCACCGCCAUCGAUGCGGCGCCGGAUCGCUACCGCCGGGGCCCGGUCCAGCCUCCCCUUGCCCACCGCGGCGUCCCAUUCGACAAGUGGACGCGUGACGGGCCCGUUGCCAAGCAGUUUGCCAGUUCCAAUACGACGAAGUACGCCAUCAACGGGACGGGAAUCCCGGACGUGGAUUUUGACAUUGGCGAGGCGUACGCCGGGCAAAUGUCCAUCUCGGACGACCCGAACGGACCUGACAAGUUUUACUUUUGGUUCCAGCCGUCGCCGAACCCGGCGGCCAAGAAGGAGAUUGUCAUUUGGCUCAAUGGUGGGCCCGGCUGCUCAUCCCUUGAAGGCUUCUUGCAGGAAAACGGCCCCUUCCUGUGGCAGUAUGGCACCUACAAGCCCGUGCCCAACCCAUGGGGAUGGCACCAUCUCACCAACAUGCUCUGGGUCGAGCAGCCCAUCAACACGGGCUUCUCGACGGGCAACGUGACGGCCAAGGACGAACAAGACGUCGCCAAGCAAUUUAUGGGUUUCUUCAAGAACUUCAUCGACACGUUCUCCAUGCAGGGGUACAAGGUGUACAUCACCGGUGAAUCCUACGCUGGCAUGUACUGCCCGUACAUUGCGAGCGCCAUGCUGGAUGCCAAGGACGACACCUACUUCAACAUGAAGGGCAUGAUCAUCUACGACCCGUCCAUUGGCCCCGACCGUCUCAGCGACAUCAACGUCGUUCCCUUUGUGGACUACCACCAGAACCUGUUCCCGUUCAACGAAUCCUUCACACGAAAAAUUCACGACAUCGAUCGGAGGUGCGGCUACGCCGAUCUCCGCUCCAAGUUCUUCAAGUACCCACCGCCGGGCCACCUACCUGACCCUUUGCCCGGCACCGACCCCAAGACGGGCAAGGACAAGCAGGGCUGCGAGGUCGGCAGUCUCAUGGGCUCCAUCCAGGUGGCCGUCACGGACAUCAACCCCUGCUUCGACACGUACCAGGUCGCCACCACGUGUCCGCUGCUGUGGGACGUGCUCGGCUUCCCUGGCAGCUUCGACUACCUCCCCAAGGGCGCGUCCAUUUACUUUGAUCGCGCGGAUGUCAAGAAGGCCAUCAACGCCCCCGUCGACCGCAAGUGGGCCGAGUGCGGCGGCCCUGUCUUCGUCAAGGGCGGCGACCAGUCCCCUCCAUCGUCCAACACGGUCUUGGGCGGCGUCAUCGACCGCACCAAGAACGUCAUCAUCGGCCACGGCGCGCUCGACUUUAUCCUCCUCGCCAACGGCACGCUCAUGUCCAUCCAGAACAUGACCUGGGGCAGACAGCUAGGCUUCCAGAGGAAACCCGUUGAUGCCUUCUACGUUCCCUACCAUACACGCGGCGAGGACGCGACCAUCGCCGCGGCGGGCGUUUUUGGUACGACGCACACCGAGCGCGGCCUGACAUACGUCGGCGUCGCCCUCAGUGGUCACAUGAUUCCACAGUAUGCGCCAAGCGCCGCGUUCCGCCACGUUGAGGUGAUGCUCGGGCGUGUCAAGUCGCUGAGCAGCAAGGAGCCCUUCACCACCGACGCCAAGUUUCCGCAGCCAGAUGGCCCGCUAGGCAAGGGCACCGCACCGCCGGGAUAUAACGACUAG